ACAUGAAAUCCUUCACACAAGAUGUUUACAGACCUAGAAAAUAUUAUUGGAUUAGCUUUGAAUAACGUAUAUGAUAGCAAUAAUUAUUUAUCAUAAGAAAUGCAUUAAAUAGUAUUUAAUUAGACAAAACAAUAAGGGUAUUGGGGUUUGUUGCAAAAUUUUAAGUAUGUUUAAUGUUUAAAUUCAUGCGAAUAAGGAAUUUUAUGAUAAUGAGUCUUUAAUGUUUUUUUUUUUUUCAUUACUGUCCAUUACGAAUAAAUGUUUUUAUAAAAUCUAACUUAAUAAUUUAAAUAAUAUCAUUUCUCUCAGCAAUCUUUGUUUCUAGAAAUUCGUUAACAUUGUAAUAAUAAAAAAAUUGAUAGCACUUUUAUUUACAGAUCUGAGGUAGAUUAUAAUAUGCUAUUGUCCUUGGUUACUGAUUUAAAAGCAUUUUAGCUAUAACAUUAUUCACUUAAGCUUUUUAAGCUGCUCAAACUGCACAAUAAUAUUUUUAUGACCUAAAUUUUUCGUAAAUUACCGAUUCUGUAAUCUGAAGCUUCUAAAUUUUCGGAUAUUGUUAAGCCUUUGAGCAGCUGUCUCCUUGCAGACAUCUGUAAUCAUACUUGGAUACCAGAAUGUGGCGCCGAGGUUAAAGAUUUUAGAUUGUUCAUAGACGAGUGUGAUAUGUACGAAUACGACUGUGAUCAUAAUAGAACUUAUCAGGUAACUAACUACACCGACUGUUUUGGUCCUGCCACGGGGUGUCCCACUUUAAAGCAUAACUACAUACGCAUCGGGAAUUACAAGUAUCUGCCAGACGGAAGGAGGAUGAUAUACGAACCGACGUACGUUCCAACAUUACCAAUGCACAUGUUAAGAGGCAAGCGGAGGUAUACGCCUCAGCCGAUAAGGAAAAUUACAAAAACUAGACGUCACAUUUCCUCGACUCGUCCCGUGUUGGUAACAAAGAAGAGAACAGUUGUCUUAAAAAGGUUAACUUUCAUGAAGGGGGGGAAAAUUAUGGUCAAAAUAUUUAAAGGUUUCUCUUCGAAACCUACCAAACCUCCGGACCCAUGCUUAUUAUCAAAGACUUGUAAUCACACGUGGAUUCCGGAAUGUGGAUACGAAAAAGUCAAUAAAGAUUUUCGCAGGUUUCUGGAUAAAUGUGAUAUGUAUGAAUACAAUUGUGAUUACAAAAAAUAUUACUUAGAAACUGAUAUCAAUAAUUGUUCCGAUGAUCCUAUCACGCUUUCUACAGUCAAUCAGAUACCUAGUAUGAGCUCGGAGCCAACAGUAACAAAUAUUGAAUCAACUCUGCCAUUGACGACUAUUGCUUUAAGUUCAAGUGAAAUGAAUACAGUUUCAACUAUUACAAAUGAAAUCCUGAAUAAUGUUACUCUCUCCGUUGCUGAUGACAGUAAUGCCACAGUUGCAAUGAAUGGAUCUACAUUUGAGUCAACGAAUGCUAACGCAAUAGCUAGUGACUCUAUAAAUGUUACUACUGUUUCACUUAGUUCAACUGUAACAAAUGAUGUGCAUGUUAAUGAAUCUGAAACAGCUGCAGAGACAUUAGUGACGACUAUGUUGAGCUCACCAAUAGAUACUUCAUCUGUAAUAACGAUAUACAACAAUACUACUGAAACAUCAAUAAGUUAUAUGUUUUCUGAACAAAAUUCACCAACGUUGCAUAACUGUACAAGAUACUUAGUAACAAAUUUAGCUACUAAGCCAAUUACAUCUAGUAAAAGUGAAAAUGAUAUUAUCAAGCCAACUAUUUCAGAGACAACAAAAACCACAAUAAUUAAAAAUGAAAUUAAAAGCUAUAGUAAUUUAACAACUAAUGUAGUAGAAUUCACUCAAAACACAGAAACACUGAGUGAUUUGAAUAAAAAAACAAGCUUUAAAGCAACAGAUAGUCAGCCAUCAUUAGUCACUUGUGAAGCAUAUCCUAAAGAUUGUAACAGACCAAAUACUUGGGAAACGACAUUAAAGGGCGAGACAAGAGAUUUUUACCAGAUUCUCAAAGCACGCUAUGGUGAUCGUAUUAAGAUCUUAAGACAUACCACUCAUUGGCCAAGAAGAUCUGCCUUUAUCAUGGAGGAUAAUACAGAAUCAUUUGUAUUCGGGGAACAUGUUGAGACGAAGUAA